AUGUAUUCUCACCGACUCUGUCACCUUUUGGUCGUGGCCAUCUCGCUGCUCUGCCUCGCGCAGGCCUCGUGGCCCAGCUUCAGCCUCUUCGGUCGUCUCCUCCUCGUCCCUAGGCAGGCCGUGAGCGCUGGCGAUGCUUCCAACUCUGCCUCAUCCGCUGCCGCCGCUUCUGGUUCCGACGACGUCGCGAGCCCGUCGCCGUCCUCUCCCCCCAGCAAGCCUUUGACGAGCGAGGCCCCUGUUUCGGCCCCUGCCGAGACGUCGCCUUCACGCCCCGCUCCGCCUGCGCAAACGUCCAUCCGGGUGCCUCAGACCAGCAGACCGGCGUCGCCCGCGUCCCAAUCCCGUGUUGAACCAGCUGCCACGUCGGCAGCCGCGGCCUCGUCCUCGGCAGAGAAGCAGCCCGAAAGCCCUUCUUCCACGUCUCAGCCUACAUCAACCUCCGAUGCAGCCGAGAGCAGUGCUUCCACGUUCACGCCCGUGGUGUCCACCUCGAUCGAAAUCAUCACCAUGACGAAUAGCGAUGGCUCCACGACGGUUUCGACGUCGACGUCGAGGACUACAUCCACGCCCGUGUUGAACUCGGGGGGCGCCGACCAGACGUCCGGGAUGACGCCCAAGACUCGCAACACUAUCAUCGGCGUGGUUGUCGGUGUCGGCGGCGCCAUCGCGCUCGGCGCUUUGGGCUUCGUGGCUUGGCGAAUCUGGGGACGCAAGAAAAAUUCCGAGGAGAACGACGGCCUCAUGGACUACGACAUGACGGUGACGGGCAUUGAGAAGCCUGAGCCGGGCAGCUCUGCCGGCCCGGGCCCGCGAAGCCCUUUCCAGUCGACCUUGGAGAACUAUCACCAGCCGACACAAGUAAAUGCGUCGUCCAACUUUUGA